AUGAAACCUUUAAAUAAAAAUGUUUAAGUAAUUCACAAUUGGCAUGAUGCUCCAGUUAGAGUGAAUCUGAAAAAAUAUUGGAAAAAGAAUCCUCUCGAUUACAUUUAAUUACCUAAACCUUAUUCACAAAAGAAUAAUUAAUGA